UUGUUUAUCAUGUGUAUAAUUUAGUGAGAUUCAGAGAGAGAGAGCAGACUCUCCUGAACCCAACUGUGUGUCCAUGAAGAGUGACCGGUCAAUGAACCUUCCUCAAACCUUCAGAAAGGAGGACUGUUCUCCUGAACUGAGUAUCAGGUGUAAUCUGAAGGAGGAGAUGAGCUCCAAAAUGAGUGUCUCUGGGGAACAGGACACACAGGAAGCUGAGAGACUGUUUCAGGGUAAGAGAUCUGACUCACCUGAACCCAGCUGUGUGUCCAUGAAGAGUGACCAGUCAAUAGACCAUCCACUAAACUUCAGAAAGGAGGACUGUUCUCCUGAACCCAGCUGUGUGUCCAUGAAGAGUGAUCAGUCAAUGGACAUUCCAUUAAACUUCAGAAAGGAGGACUGUUCUCCUGAACCCAGCUCUGUGUCUAUUAAGAGUGACCAGUCAAUAGACGUUCCAUUAAACUUAAGAGAGGAGGACUGUUCUCCUGAACCCAGCUGUGUGUCCAUGAAGAGUGAACGGUCAAUGAACCCUCCACUAAACUUCAGAAAGGAGGACUGUUCUCCUGAACCCAGCUGUGUGUCCAUGAAGAGUGACCAGUCAAUAGACCAUCCAGUAAACUUCAGAAAGGAGGACUGUUCUCCUGAACCCAGCUGUGUGUCUAUUAAGAGUGACCAGUCAAUAGACGUUCCAUUAAACUUAAGAGAGGAGGACUGUUCUCCUGAACCCAGCUGUGUGUCCAUGAAGAGUGACCGGUCAAUAGAACCUCCACCAUCCCUCAGAAAGGAGGACUGCUCUCCUGAACCCAGCUGUGUGUCCAUGAAGAGUGACCAGUCAAUAGACCAUCCACUAAACUUCAGAAAGGAGGACUGUUCUCCUGAACCCAGCUGUGUGUCCAUGAAGAGUGAUCAGUCAAUGGACAUUCCAUUAAACUUCAGAAAGGAGGACUGUUCUCCUGAACCCAGCUGUGUGUCCAUGAAGAGUGACCAGUCAAUAGACCAUCCACUAAACUUCAGAAAGGAGGACUGUUCUCCUGAACCCAGCUGUGUGUCCAUGAAGAGUGAUCAGUCAAUGGACAUUCCAUUAAACUUCAGAAAGGAGGACUGUUCUCCUGAACCCAGCUGUGUGUCUAUUAAGAGUGACCAGUCAAUAGACGUUCCAUUAAACUUAAGAGAGGAGGACUGUUCUCCUGAACCCAGCUGUGUGUCCAUGAAGAGUGACCGGUCAAUAGAACCUCCACCAACCCUCAGAAAGGAGGACUGCUCUCCUGAACCCAGCUGUGUGUCCAUGAAGAGUGACUGGUCAAUGAACCCUCCACUAAACUUCAGAAAGGAGGACUGCUCUCCUGAACUGAGAGUCAAGCAGAAGGCAUCAGACACUAGCAGAAGGAAUAUGGAGGUCAUACUCAAGGAGCUGGAGCAGAAAGUCAUCUCUCUGGUAAAGAAGCAGCUGAAGAGGUUUGAGAAGAUCCUGAAGAGUCUGGAUUACCCAGCAUGCUCUGGGAGAGAGGAGGAGGAGGAGGAGGAGGAGGAGGAUCAGAGCGCUGUCAGAGAGGGAGCACUGAAGAUCACACUGCACGUCCUGAAGAACAUGAACCAGACAGACCUCGCUGACACACUGCAGACCAAACUGACUCCAUCGUGUCACCAAAAGAUGAAAUCUUCUCUGAAGGAAAAUUUUCAGAAAAUCAACGAAGGAAUCUCAGAUCCUGGAACCUCAACCCUUCUGAAUGAGAUCUACACAGAGCUGUACAUCACAGAGAGAGGGAGUGGAGAGGUCAAUAAUGAACAUGAGGUCAGACAGAUUGAAGCAGCAUCCAGGAGACCAGCAACACAGGAGAUACCCAUCAAAUGUAACGACCUCUUUAAAGACCAGUCCAUCAGAACUGUGCUGACUAAAGGAGUUGCUGGAAUUGGAAAAACAGUCUCUGUGCAGAAGUUUAUUCUGGACUGGGCUGAAGAAGAAGCCAAUCAGGAUGUUCUCUUCAUAUUUCCACUUCCUUUUAGAGAGCUGAAUCUGAUGAAGACUGAAACACUCAGUCUGGUGGAUCUUCUUCAUAAUUUUUUUAAAGAUACAAAAGAAUUAAAACCAGAAGACUAUCAUCAAUACAAAAUCAUGUUCAUCUUUGAUGGUCUGGAUGAAUGUCAACUUCCUCUAGAUUUCCAGAACAAUGAGAGAGUAUCUGAUGUAACACAGUCAGCCUCAGUGGAUGUUCUGCUGACAAACCUCAUCCAGGGGAACCUGCUUCCCUCUGCUCUCCUAUGGAUAACUACUCGACCAGCAGCAGCCAAUCAGAUUCCUCCUGACUGUAUUGAUCAGGUAACAGAGGUACGAGGGUUCAGUGACCCUCAGAAAGAGGAAUACUUUAGGAAAAGGAUCAGUGAUCAGAGCCUUGCUGAAAGAAUCAUUACACACAUGAAGUCCUCCAGAAGCCUCUACAUCAUGUGCCACAUCCCAGUCUUCUGCUGGAUUGCAGCCACUGUUCUAGAGAGGAUGUUGGGUGAAGCAGAGGGAGGAGAGAUCCCCAAGACUCUGACUCAAAUGUUCACACACUUCCUUAUCUUUCAGAUCAAACACCGCAGCCAGAAGUACCAAAGAAAAAGAGACGCUGAUCUUGACCAGACUAGAGAGAUUAUAAUGGCUCUGGGAAAACUGGCUUUCAAACAGCUGGAGAAAGGAAACCUGAUCUUCUAUGAGGAAGACCUGAGAGAGUGCGGAAUUGAUGUCGGAGAAGUGACCGUGUACUCAGGAGUGUGCACCCAGAUCUUCAGACAGGAGUUUGGGCUGCACCUGGGGAAAGUUUUCAGCUUUGUGCAUCUGAGUGUUCAGGAGUUUCUGGCUGCUUUAUAUGCAUUUCUGUCCUUCAUCUCCAACAACAAAAAACACAGUGGAUUAUUUGAUUUCUCCAAAAAGGAAACAGUGUCUGACUUCCUGAAGAGAGCAGUGAACAAGGCCUUACGUAGUGAGAACGGACAUCUGGACCUUUUCCUCCGCUUCCUUCUGGGUCUCUCACUGGAGUCGAAUCAGACUCUCUUACGAGGUCUUCUGACCCAGACAGAGAACAUCUCUCACAGCAAACAGGAAGUAGUGGAGCACAUCAAGCAGAAGAUCAGGGAGAAUCCCGCUCCAGAGAAAACUAUCAGUCUGUUCCACUGUCUGAAUGAACUGAAUGAUCAUUCUCUAGUGCAGGAAGUCCAAACAUACCUGAACAGUGGAGGUUUCAGGGGUCUGAGUGGAGUUAAGCUCUCUCCUGCUCAGUGGUCGGCUGUGGCAUUUGUACUGCUAAAUUCAGCAGAGGAGCUGGAUGAGUUUGACCUGAGGAAAUAUGGUGGGUCAGAGGAAUGUCUUCUGAGGUUGAUGCCAGUGAUCAAAGAAUCCAGAAGAGCUGAGCUGGCUGGGUGUAAUCUAUCACAGAAAAGCUGUGCAGCUCUGGCCUCAGCUCUCAGCUCAAACUCCUCAACUCUGAGAGAACUGAACCUGAGUAAUAAUAACCUGCAGGAAUCAGGAGUGAAGCUGCUCUCUGCUGGACUGAAGAAUCCACAAUGUAAACUGGAGAAACUGGAGCUGUCUGGGUGUAAUCUAUCUGUGGAAAGGGGUGCAGUUCUGGCCUCAGCUCUCAGCUCAAACUUCUCAACUCUGAGAGAUCUGAACCUGGGUAAUAAUGAACUGGAGGAUUCAGGAGUGAAGCUGCUCUCUGCUGGACUGAAGAGUUCACACUGUAAACUGGAGAAACUGGAGCUGUGGGAGUGUAAUCUAUCAGAGAAAUGCUGUGCAGUUCUGUCCUCAGCUCUCAGCUCAAACUCCUCAACUCUAAGAGAUCUAAACCUGAGUUUUAAUGAACUGCAUAAUUCAGGAGUGAAGCUUCUCUCUGCUGGACUGGAGAAUCCAAACUGUAAACUGGAGACACUGGAGCUGGUUGAGUGUAAUCUAUCAGCGAAAAGCUGUGCAGUUCUUGCCUCAGCUCUCAGCUCAAACUCCUCAACUCUGAGAGAUCUGAUCCUGAAUUAUAAUAAUCUGCAGGACUCAGGAUUGAAGCUGCUCUCUGCCGGACUGCAGAAUCCACACUGUAAACUGGAGAAACUGGAGCUGGUUGGGUGUAAUAUAUCAGAGAAAAGCUGUGCAGCUCUGGCCUCAGCUCUCAGCUCAAACUCCUCAACUCUGAGAGAUCUGAACCUGAGUAAUAAUAAACUGCAUAAUUCAGGAGUGAAGCUGCUCUCUGCUGGACUGGAGAAUCCACACUGUAAACUGGAGAAACUGGAGCUGAUUAACUGUAGUAUUACAGGAGAAGGCUGUGCUGCUUUAGCUUCAGCUCUGAUAUCAAAGCCCUCAUACCUGAGAGAACUGGAUCUGAGAGACAAUAAGCCAGGAGAGUCAGGAGAGAAGCUUCUCUCUGAUUUACAGAAGGAUCCACACUUUACACUGGAGAUACUACACUUCUAAUCACAGGACUGUCAUGCUCUUAUCGACCACUAGAGACACUUUACCAGUGGGUCCAUCUCCAGUAUCCUGUGCAUCACCACUAUCUGUGAAUCUUCCUGUUUUCUAACAGUCAGCAGUAUAAUGUUUCUGGGAGUAAUAAACUGCUUUUAUCAUAUUUACUACAGUUAAACAUUCAGUGCACACCAUGUCAGUAACUGUAGACUAUAGUUAUUGCAUAAAUAACCAUAAUCCUUAUGUUGUUAUGCUGCCAUAGUUUUGCUAUUGUAGUGUAUAGUUAUAGCCAUAUAUAUUAUUAUGUGGUGAACUGUAGCUUUAGCACAGUUUGAAAUAUUGGUGCACCUUGUGUUAAAUAUGCAUAAUUACAUAUUAAUUAUUACUAAUCUUAAACAUUACUGUGUCUGUUUAGCUGUUCAAAGUAAAUAUAUUUAUUGUAAAGUUAACCAUUAUUAUCUCUUUUACCUCUAGGAUGCUUUUUGGUAACUAUAUUGAUAACAUUCACAAUUUGAACACAGUGACACGGCACUUUUUGCUAGUUUAUUAUGGCAUCAUAUGGUGUGAUUGUUAUUCUUAGUUCUUAAUUUCUAAAAUAACAUUACUAAUAAUUACUGCUGUUCUAAUAAUGAUAAUUAAUACACUGUGAACAAUGGAGCUGUUUAUAUAUUUGAAAGAUCUGUUCAGUGUUUAAUGCUGUUAAACAUGUUUCAUUUUAAUUUAAUUAUUCAUUAUAUUACUUAUUUAUUUAACAUUUUUUAUUCAAAUUAAACAAUUCUACCAUCAAUGAUUGUUAAAAACAGCGUCGAGAAUGUUCAGUUGUGGUUUAAUAACAUUUACUUUUAAUAUGUCAGUGUGAAAAGAUUUUAUUCAUACAAGUUAUUUCGGAGUAUUUCUAUUCAUCCAUCAGGAUAUUCUAAUUCAUUUUGACAUCAAAUAAUAAAUAUUAGAGGUGGGCAAUA